GUCUUGUGCAGGCUCUUUCCCUCUCAGACAAAAGGGGCACACGUACUGGCAAGAGGAGGCUGUCGCACAGGAUAAUUCCUCGAAGGUGACCGACCGAGGAAUAGGACUUAGGACAUUGCCAUUCGCUAAUGGCUAACGCUUCUCCUUGUACGUAGUGACACAGUAGAUCAAUUACAGGCUGACCCUUCUAUUUAUUUCUUUCCCUUCACGAAAGGGUUGCUAACUCUUCUCUCAUUGGAGCUCUCAUCAAUAGCUUUAUCAACAGUGAUCAGUGAGGAUUAAUAAGUUAUAAUGGCCAAAUCCGUGGGAAACAAGAAUGUAGGGUUGUUGAAAUCUGUAGAAGAGAGAGCCCUGUUCAAGAAGGUGGAAGAUGAGCAAAAGAAGCAGCAUGUACCUUAUCUUCAUAAAGAUUGCAUCUCAAAUAUCCUUAUCCAGCUUCCUCUAGAGUCACUUCAAAGUUCAAGGUUUGUUUGCAAGCCUUGGUACAGUAUAAUUAACAGCCCCACAUUUAUUGAUGCCCAUCUUUGUCGCUCUGAAUCUGUGUUGAUAUUUCAAAAAUCAGUUCCAAGAGAAAGAUUAUACCCUUAUUCUGUCACAUCAAUGCCACCAGAGCAACCAAAUAACUUCUGUGUUGAAACAAGUUUUCUUCAAUCGGAACCUGUCCCCAUUUUUGGGCAACCAAACUUCAGUGGGGCACCAAAAUUUUCCAUCCAGUUUAUGGAAUUUAAAGAGGGAAAAAGCAAGAUACGAGAGUAUAAUCUGAGCUGCCUGGGCCAUAUUAGAGCUACAACAUGCAAUGGUCUAAUUUUGCUUGAUAACAAACUGAGGAAAGGGGGACUGAUAGUGAUGAAUCCUGUAACAAGGAAGCUUAUUGCACUUCCUCUAGGUACUAUAUAUCCUCCUCAGGAUGAAUCGUAUGGCUUUGCACUAAAUGAUGCUACUGGAGAAUAUAAAGUGGUACACUUGUUUCGGGAUGAGUUGGGAUAUGUCAGUUGUGAGAUAUUAAACCUUGGGACAAGAAUGUGGAGGGAAGUGAAUGGACCUUCUUUUGGACUUUUUGGUUGGUUUGGGUACAUGCCAGUUUCCGCAAUUGGAGCUCUGCAUUGGCUUCCUCAAAUUGAUCAUAACGAUUACAUAGUAUCCAUGGAAGUUGGCACUGAGAAGUUUCAUACCGUACCACUCCCCAAGAGUGGCAGAACUUAUGACAGGAUUAUUGAGAUGGCUGGUUUCCUAUGUUUUGUCACCCAUCACGAACUAGACAUAGAUAUUUGGAAUUUGAAGAGUUUAAAUGGUGGAGUUUGGAUGAAGCGGUAUAGCAUCUCUACAGGUAGCGUCAUUGACAUGGUUCCCAUUUUCAGUUUGAGAAUCAGUGGAGAUUUGAUAUUCAAGAGGGAUGAAGAUGGUUCAUUUUAUGCUUAUGACUUCGGAUUCCAAGUUAUGAGAAAGGUUGAGAUGGAUAAGCAUGGCUUCCCAUUAUCUGGUACAUAUCUACCUCAUGUAAACAGCCUUAUCUCAUGGGUGAGAACUCAGGAUGUUUGAUAGAAUUUUUCCUUAGGUUGGCAAUCGUUUAAGCAGUGUUGUUGGCGUAUAUAUCAUCUAACUAGUUGCUGGCUCUACGCCAUGUGUUUUUCAGUUUUUUGGCAUUGGUUAUUACUACCUAGUCUUGCUUGUAUUUUACUGUAAGCACUAUACCUGUUUGUGAAAUAGUAAAUCAAUCAAAUUUAAAGAGAUAAUAAAAACUCAAUAUCUGUAUA